UAGCCGGACCUUUUUUUGUUAUGGUUGCCAUGUGACGUUUUCCCGCUGAAGUACAGAGAAAAAAGAUGUUAAAGUGAAAAUUUGGGAUUUUAUCAGCUGAUUUAUCAGAAAUACAACCAUGGCCGAGAAAAAAUACACAGGGGCCCCAUUUGGAACCCAAACAGCGAGAUUUGACGUCUCUGGAGUGCACCCCAAAAGUAAAUAUCCCGGGACCUUCACAGAGAUCCCGUAUGAUAAAAAGUCCAUUGAUGAACUGAAUCGUCGACUGGCCCCUGGUUCAUACAAGGUGGAUGUGGGUGGGUUCAAUAAGAAGACUGUGGAUGAGCGAGCGAGUGGGCCGGGCUGGGCUCGAGCCUACGAAGUGGAGAGAAUGGCCGCCCUUCCUCAUCUGUUACACAAAGACCAGUGGGAACUGAAACGACUCUUGCAAAGGAAGCUAGCUCCUGGUUCAUACGACAUCAAGGAUUUCCUUCAGGUGUCCGAGGAAAAACCUAGAAGUAUUCGUGGAGUUUGUCAGACCAGGGAUCAACGCUUCAAAGAAAAUGUGGCUGCUAAUGAGACCCCAGGCCCUGGUACUUAUGGUAAGGGUGGAAUCCCCCACUCAGCAGUAGAGGAGAAGGCCAAGAAAUCCACUAGCACUGUGGGGAUGCUAGACGCUGGCUCCUCCACCCCCAGAAAUCUACCAUCUGUCGGCUCGGAACUGGGACCUGGAACCUACAACUUCAAGAGCUUCACCCAGGAGGCAGUGGAGAAGGUGACCAGCCUGAGGGGGCCCUACGAUUUGUUCUCCGGGGACAGAAACAAGCCAAUCAAUGAUGGCUACCUGGCUGCUCCUAAACUGGCUGACCUAGGACCAGGGCAGUACGAGCUGAAGUCUUUUGUGGACGACUGGAAGACAGAGCACCGCGUGCGACAAGGAAAGUUCGGGAAAGUGGAACAGCAUCCCCGGAAAGGAACGGAACGAAUUCUCUGUUCCACUCUAUCACAGUGUCCCAAGGAGGAGGGAACACCUGGACCAGGGACAUAUGAACCCAAACAGCUGUCCAAGCCCGAGACCAAAAACUCACCCGGCUUCCUGUCCACGGCCCAGAGGAAUGACCGAGUGUCACAGAGGUUCUUCACCAGGAACUUUAACCCUGUGGGAGCUGGUCGCUAUGACGUUCAGAAGUGGGAGGAGUGCCAGCAUAAGAACGGCCAUGGCAGUGUGUUCCAGUCCAAGACCGGCAAACUGAACGCCGUCAUGGAGAAAUUCCUCAAAGAGAGAGUGAGAGCUAAGGAUGUACAGUUAAAGGACCGUGUUUUUCUGGUGACCCCUGAACCACCAGAAGUCUAUGUCGGUCGAACAAAAGCUCAGCUGGACUUUGCAGCCAGACGCGCUGCCACCGUGUCCAACAAAUAAUUCCAAGUAUUUGACAAUGUACCAGGAGUUGCCCCCCUUAGAAGUCCAGGAUCAAAUUGACUUUAGUAUUACAGUGAGGGACAGUUUCUCCUGUUUUCCAGUAUUAUUUUAGCUUUUUUAAUAAAUACAUGUACUGAAACAAAAAAA